CCUGUCUAAAUGUGGACAAUGCUGGUUCCAAUACGGGCCUCGAGAUUCCACAUGAUGUUGCGAAGAACUAAAAGAAGAACAAUCUCAAUGUUGAGUUGACAACGCAGUCGCAAUCGGAAUGCGGUCAAUUUUUCAAACAUAACGAAUACAUCUUGUUCAACGAUAGCAAAUCUGUGAGAGAUCUCAUCACUUCAGCAACUUGGAACUUUGUAGUCUCCGCCUGUCUUGAAGACAGGAGGUGAACAACUCUCACAGACCUGAUAUAGAUCUGUAAACAUGAAGAGGCGGAAACAGUCCAUCCAGUAAUCUGCACCACUGCCUUGCAUAAUGCUCCCCACAAACAAGAGGAUGAGAAUCUCACCAAUGGCAGUAAUUAGAGCUACACUGCCCUACAUACGCUCCUUCUUCGUCAGUAGAUUCAUGAUCGUGGCAUCAGUCCUGGCAUGUCUUUUGGUGUUUGAGUUUGCCUUCAAUUUCAUGAUCCACUUCAAUUCUACAUCAGGGAUGUCAAUGUAUUUGAGAGGCUUCCUGAUGAAACAGAAGACUAAUAUUUCUGGAAACAGUCUUCGGCAUUUGUUGACAGGAAGACCUAACAGAGAUUCUUCAGAUGAUAAGCCCAGGCUGCCUCUGUGUCCCCUCAUCCCCUCUAACCUAGAGGGUCCAGUGAAAGUUGACAAGAAUGUGUACAGCAAUAGAAAUAUUGAGGCCAUGAAUUCUGCUGUGAAGGCUGGAGGUCGGUGGUGGCCUGACACUUGCACGUCUCGGCACCAUGUCGCCAUCAUCAUCCCAUUCCGGGACAGGCCGUCCCACCUCAAGAUCUUCAUGACCAACAUCCAUCACUUCCUGCAGAGACAGGAACUCGACUAUGGCAUCUUUGUCGUGGAACCAGUAUCGGAUGUGAAGUUCAACAGAGCCAUGCUGUUCAACAUCGGGUACGCUGAGGCCAUUAAGCAGCACAACUACACCUGCUUCAUCUUCCACGACGUGGAUCUGAUCCCGGAGGAUGACCGGAACCUCUACACCUGCCCGGAGAUGCCCAGACACAUGUCCGUUGCCAUCGACAAGCUCAAGUACAAGCUGCCCUACACACAGAUAUUUGGGGGCGUCAGUGCCUUGACACAAGAACAGUUUAUACAGGUGAACGGCUUCUCCAACAAGUAUUUUGGAUGGGGCGGUGAAGAUGAUGACAUGUUCAACAGGAUACACAGUGAAAACUUUAAUAUCAUGAGAUAUUCCUCAGAGGUAGCUAGAUACAAGAUGUUAUCACAUGCUAAAGAUGAGCCCAACCCACAACGUCACAAGUUAUUAAAAGGCAGUGAGAGUCGCUACAAGACUGACGGCCUCAACAGCCUGAAGUAUGCCGUACUGAGGAUUGAACUCCGGAAACUCUAUACCUGGAUACUUGUGGAUAUCAAUGAGAAAGAAGUCAUGCAGGACACCGGCCCAGACAAGAAGAACAUGAAGAGCUAGCACCUGCUGCUGCUGUUGCUGUUGCUGCUGCUGCUGCUGCUGCUGCCCUGCGUCUAGACUGUGAUAAUCUGUACAGACCUGUCCUGGGUGACCACAUUGUGUUAUUGCUGAAGUCAUUGUGUUCAUUAUUUACUAGUCUGCCAUCAGGAGUAUGUGAGUGUAUGUACGUGUUGUAGUUGAUAGUCCUGGGUUGUACAUGAAGCAGAUUAGGGUUAUAAUACCAGGGAUAACCUUGACCUACAAAAUUGGGGGUCGUAGGGCACCACUAGUUAAUUUCAAGGGUCUUACAAGAAUAUGAGGGUCCUGUAAAGAAAAGAAAAGGUAAUGUGUACUGUACUGUAACAUUUGAUAAUUCCUCUAAUCACAGGACCUUUACAAGGGCAGAUCAAGCAUUUUUAAAAGGGAGGGAUCCAAAAUAUCAACAUCCUCUCUCUCGACACACUGUACUACUUUCCUAACUCAGUUCCUAGGUUCAAGUCCUAGAUUUACUCUGAUUGUGUUACUUGGUUUGUCAGCACCAUUACCGUGCUUGUGGGGUUCCCUAAAGUGGUAAACAACUUCAUCAAUUUGGCCUUUCCUCUAUCACAAUCUUACAUGCGUUGAUAUGACUUAACUACUGUUCUCAGCCAACUGCUUCAAUUUAUCUCUGUUCAUUGAAAAAUACUGAAUUUUCCAUUUCUCAAGAAAAGUGCUGGUAUUGUAUUAAUAGUACAGUCAAACACUGUUGUGUCGAACUUUGUUGUGUCGAAGUAAAAGGGGCAGUCUGGUAGCCUAGUGGUUAAAGCAUUCGCUCGUCAUCCCGAAGACCCGGCUCGAUUCCCGACAUGGGUACAAUGUGUGAAGCCCAUUUCUGGGAUAUUGUUGGAAUAUUGCUAAAAGUAGCUUAAAACCAUACUCACUCACUCCAAGUAAAAACUUCAUCUCUGUUUAUUCCCUCCUUAUUAAUAACUUUUGGUUGUGUUGAGACUCGGGGUAACUUGAAGUAUUUACGUAGGUCCUUCAACUUCGACACAGCCGUGUUUGACAGUACUUCAAAAGUGCUGCAAUUGUAUUGAGAGUAGUUGAAAAUCGUUUGAAAAAUCGAUGGGACAAACCUCCUCUUCAAAGAUUUAUAGAAAUAAUUAUAUUACUCUAAUUUCAGUUUUAGGAAGCUUGACCAAAAUAACAUUACCAGCUUGGUGCAGGUGUGUCUCGGACUGUUUUCUUGAUUACAAUGUGUGUGGGUGAAACAUCAAACAUGUCAGUCACAGUAUAUACAGGGAGGGGGCUUACUGAUGGAGUGUGACGUCAAACAUGUCAGUCACAGUAUAUACAGGAAGGGGGUUUACUGAUGGAGUGUGACGUCAAACAAGUCAGUCACAGUAUAUACCGAGAGGGGGUUUACUGAUGGAGUGUAACGUCAAACAAGUCAGUCACAGUAUAUACUGGGAGGGGGUUUACUGAUGGAGUGUAACGUCAAACAAGUCAGUCACAGAAUAUACAGGGAGGGGGUUUACUGAUGGAGUGUAACAUCAAACAUGUCAGUCAGAGUAUAUACAGGGAGGGGGUUUACUGAUGGAGUGUAACGUCAAACAUGUCAGUCACAGUAUAUACAGGGAGGGGGUUUACUGAUGGAGUGUAACGUCAAACAUGUCAGUCACAGUAUAUACUGGGAGGGGGUUUACUGAUGGAGUGUAACAUCAAACAUGUCAGUCAGAGUAUAUACAGGGAGGGGGUUUACUGAUGGAGUGUAACGUCAAACAUGUCAGUCACAGUAUAUACAGGGAGGGGGUUUACUGAUGGAGUGUGACAUCAAACAUGUCAGUCACAGUAUAUACAGAGAGGGGGUUUACUGAUGGAGUGUGACGUCAAACAUGUCAGUCAGAGUAUAUACAGGGAGGGGGUUUACUGAUGGAGUGUAACGUCAAACAUGUCAGUCAGAGUAUAUACAGGGAGGGGGUUUACUGAUGGAGUCUAACGUCAAACAUGUCAGUCACAGUAUAUACAGGGAGGGGGUUUACUGAUGGAGUGUGACGUCAAACAUGUCAGUCAGAGUAUAUACAGGGAGGGGGUUUACUGAUGGAGUGUAACAUCAAACAUGUCAGUCACAGUAUAUACAGGGAGGGGGUUUACUGGUGGAGUGAAUGCUGAGUACAUGGUACACUUGACCAGAAAACAUUUACAUGUAUUUAUAGUUUCAUUGACAUUUAUAUGCUUGUCCAUCCGUAAAGGAAGGGUUGAGUUGAUGUGCCAAAGUGUGUCGUACGUAAGGAGGUGGCAUGUACGAGGGGGUAUCAAACAGCUUUGAGCCUUGUAAAUAGAACCGAAAUAUUAUCUGAAGCUUUAUUUAUUUUUCAACAUAGUCCCCUCGUAGUUCCACCACUUAUCCAGGUCAGUUAUCCCUGUUUUGUAGAUGAUCAAAUCCUGAUCUGUCAACCAGCCCUACAACAGCAACAUAUUCUUGUUUCUCAUACCCUGCUUAUGGGUUUUUCUUCAAAUUUGAAAAUAGGUGGCAGUCAUUAGGAGUGACUAACUGGAUACGGUAGAAUCUUGUAUCCACAGUCCCGUACUGCAGCCACUGCAACAUGCUGAUGUGAACUGGAGCAUUGUCUGACAGAGGAAAAGACCAGAUUGAUGUAUGCCACAAAAGUGUUCUUUGAUGGAUCUUUUAAAUUAGGUGGCAUAAUAUUCACCAUGAUUUUACCAAUGAUUCCAUUUAUGGAGCUGGUGGUGUGUUCAUCUUCCAGAGCAGGAUUCAUCUUCCACACCCUCACCCAUGCUUAAAUUCCCUCGCCCCAUAAUAAGUGUGUCACAUGGUGGGAGCCACCCACAUCCAGCACACAGCCAUUCAGCAAAAGUCUGUAGUGAUUGACCUGGGGUAAGGAUGACAACAACCUAGAUAUGCCAGGCUCAAAGUGUUCAGAUAUACCCUCAUAUCGUAUAUGUUCACAUAUACCCUCGUAUCAUGUCUGUCCAGGGAUUUAUCUAGAUCUGCACAUAUCGGUGUGCAGCAAAUGUCAGUAAAAAUUAAUAAGUUGGAAUUUAAAAAUUCUAAAACAUGUUAAUACAUGUAUAUAACUAUUGGGAUGGCUUGGUCAAUGUGACCUGUAUUUCACUGAUAACAGGAUGAAUAAAAUGCAAGAGGCUUAUUUGUGCAUUAUUGUAAUGAAUGUAAUGUUAAAAUACCUCUGCAAUUAGGAAAAUAAGAACUUUGAUAAAUGACAAUUUUGAACAAUGUAACAUUAUUGUUUCCCACUUUGCCUGACAAGGGCAUUUAGCUUGUGAUCCUAGACAAAUCAGUGACAUUGUAUUCACUCAGUUUCAUGUCAUACCUCUAAGGUAUUUAAUUAAGAAUCUCAAACCCAAUGGGUACAGCCAUGUCUGUGCUGAACCAGGCAUGCUGUGAACCUUCACAUUUCACACUUUCCGUUACUGACUUACCCUGUAUCAAAAUCAGUGGCACAAGUGUUUCACUGUGCAGAGUUGCAUCCCUUAGCUGCACCAGGAUGCACUGAGUGUCAGAUAUUUGCAAGAUUACAACCCUUGGUUUGUCAGCACCAUAGAGGUGCAAGUAGGUUCACCACAGUGGUAAAAAUGUAGGAUUAGCAUCACUUGGGAUUUUUUCCCCUAUUAAGAUAAUUUAACAAGUUUUUUUUCUGUAUGAUAUGUUCAUUUCAGAGACUAGAUUAGUCUAGGAAUAUACUAUAGGGCCAUUUUUGUCAAGCAGUCAUUUAGGUACCGCCAUUUUCAAGUUUCCUGUUCAUGUUCAUCAGAAGAGAAGUGAGGAAUGGUAGUGAUAGAAGGAUAGUUGGAUUCGAUCCCACAAACAGGUGCAAUGUGUGAAGUCGAUUUGAAGUUUUCCCUGCUCUUGCUUUGUCAGGAAUAUGGUAAUUUUGUUGUGAUGUACAACCAAUUGAAGCUUUCCUAUAAUCCCCAGUUUCCCCAUGUAAGCCAAAUGCAUGAGAUGUAUGGACAGUUUAAUCAAUAUGGUCUGUACUGGGACAGUGUGACAUGCCGUUAAUCACACUUUUUGGUAUUUUGCUGAAAGUGUAAUUAAUAUUAAUUUUGUAAAAAAAAACUAUAUUUAUGUUCGAAGUAGACACAAUAUAUGGAUAACAACUUCUUUAAUGUAGUAUUGUUGCCACGUUUUGGUAUAGAUCCUAAUACUGUUACAGGAUGUCCUGAUACCCUUAUUCAUAAAUUGUGUCUACUUUGUCAUCUGCCAACCUGUAAGAAAUGCCUAUCAAACAAUACAUGUAUAUUAUGUCAUUUACAUAUCAUUUAUCAAUAAACAACUUGUAUGUA